UCCUGCCUCCACCCCUCUGGGGAGUAUAGGCCUUGAGGCUCAGCAAAUCCUUUCAGAGAAAUAUUUGAAAUAAAAGACAACAGAUAGGGGACGCAGCGAAGGCAGAGGGAGGCAGAAGGGCCAAGAGCCUGGGACAAGGGAAUCUGUACAACCUGGCCCCUCUUCCCUGCCGAUAAUGCGCCUUUCCAAAGCCCUCAUAGACAUGGAGAUGGCAGAUUACAGCGCGGCGCUGGACCCGGCGUACACCACUCUGGAGUUUGAGAACAUGCAGGUGCUGGCUAUGGGCAGUGCAGACACAUCUCCAUCAGAAGCAGCCAACCUCAACACCUCCAACAGUAUCGGGGUGAGCGCGCUCUGUGCCAUCUGUGGGGACCGUGCCACCGGGAAGCAUUAUGGGGCUUCCAGCUGUGAUGGCUGCAAAGGCUUUUUCAGAAGGAGUGUCAGGAAGAACCACAUGUACUCCUGCAGGUUUAACAGGCAGUGUGUGGUAGACAAAGACAAAAGAAACCAGUGCCGAUACUGCAGGCUUAAGAAGUGCUUCCGAGCAGGAAUGAAGAAGGAAGCUGUACAAAACGAACGGGACCGAAUCAGCACCCGGAGAUCAAGUUAUGAAGACAGCAGCUUGCCCUCCAUCAAUGUCUUACUGCAGGCAGAAGUCCUGGCACAACAGAUAUCUUCCCCAGUUUCUGUGAUCAAUGGAGACAUCCGAGGGAAGAAGAUUGCCAACAUCUCUGACGUGUGUGAGUCCAUGAAGCAGCAGCUGCUGGUGCUGGUGGAAUGGGCCAAGUAUAUCCCUGCCUUCUGUGAGCUGCCCCUGGAUGACCAGGUAGCACUGCUGCGAGCACAUGCAGGGGAACAUCUGUUACUGGGAGCUGCCAAGAGGUCCAUGGUGUUCAAGGAUGUCUUGCUGCUAGGAAACGACCACAUCAUCCCACGGAACUGCCCUGAACUGGUGGAGGUGAACCGUGUGGCCAUCCGCAUCCUGGAUGAGUUGGUCCUCCCCUUCCAGGAGCUGCAGAUUGAUGAUAAUGAAUAUGCCUGCUUGAAAGCCAUCAUCUUCUUUGACCCAGAUGCCAAAGGACUGAGUGACCCCUCCAAGAUCAAGAGGAUGAGGUACCAGGUGCAGGUCAGCCUGGAGGAUUACAUCAACGACCGGCAGUACGACUCCCGGGGCCGCUUCGGGGAGCUGCUGCUGCUGCUGCCUGUGCUGCAGAGCAUCACCUGGCAGAUGAUAGAACAGAUCCAGUUUGUCAAGCUCUUUGGCAUGGCUAAGAUUGACAACCUGCUCCAGGAGAUGCUGCUGGGAGGCUCAUCGAGUGAAACGCCGCACGCUCACCACCCCCUGCACCCUCAUCUGAUCCAGGAGAACCUUGGAACAAAUGUCAUUGUGGCCAACACAAUGCCUCCUCAGAUGCACAAUGGGCAGAUGUCUACACCAGAAACUCCACAGCCAUCUCCACCUGCAGGAUCAGGACCAGAGCAAUACAAGCUGUUGCCUGGAGCCAUUGCAACUGUGGCAAAACAGCCAACCUCCAUCCCCCAGCCUGCCAUCACCAAACAGGAGGUCAUCUAGCAACCUGAGGAGCAGCUGGCCUUGUUUAGAAGACCUUGUGGGAGAAAAGCCCAAACUGACUGAGUCACUGUGAAAAGAGAAGCCAUCCAGAGGUUCUUGGGCACAAACACACAGGCUUGCUUAUUGGACUAGUCCACCACCACCACAAGCUGUCUUCCUGCUAUGGACAGCAUGUGCCAUGGGCAGCCCUGAGUCCCAGAGCUGAGGUUGAAGCCUUAUUGAAACCCUCAGACCCUGUAAGAAGGGGCAGAUUUCCACCUCCCUGCGUGGGGGGUUGCAGGGACAGGCUGGGGACAGCAUGGCCGGCUGUUCCUCCUUUGCUACCAGACCUUGUGAACAAGCAAUUCUCUGAGCUGUGUGAAUGGAGACCUUCCCUCCCCAGACAGCCCCCAGCCCAGCCAAACUUGAUGGAGGUGGAUGCUCUCCCAGGAGCAUCACAGCAGGUGAAGCACAUGGGUUUUGCUCAGGCAGCACAGGCAGAUCUGCCUUGGCUAGUUCCAGGUCUUUGCACAGUGUCCCCCCUGCUAACAGGUUAGUCUAACAAAUCUUUUCAGCUGAUACCAGUGUAGAGUCUGGCUCAUCAGGAUUCUCCACUAUUUGGAUCCUUCUGCCUUUUGAGGGGUUUUACAAUUUCUGUGCCACGACUGCCCUGCCACCACGGGGCUUGGAGAGGCAACCACUGCCAAAUCCUUCCCUCACACAGAUACUGCCACUUCACUAGCUGGGCUGGGAAACUGGGAGACCAUGGGAUUCAGGAAAUUUCAGCUGAUGGGAUGAAGUCACCCUUUCCCAGGCUGGCUGUGAGCAGUGCUGCCCAAAACAUCACCAGCCCCACCAGAGCUCAGAAGAUGACCACUGGAUUGCUGUUUGCAAGGAAGCAGGGCAGGGCAGGUGUAUGAUCAGGAGAGAUCUGUGACAGCAAGAAGAGCCCGAGCCUCACAGGAUGGACCAAAGUCUCGGGCUCCCCAGGUGCUGGGAGUAUUGUGACCCAGGAUUUCAGGUCAGACCCAGUUUGAAUACUAAGAUACCCCAUAUAAUUUACUUGUCCAGUCCAGUGCCAUGCCCUCACUGAGUGAGGUUAUCACGGAGUGAGUGGCUGAUAACAGAUUUAUAGGAAUUCAUAACACAGUCAGAAUUCACUCUGGCUCCUUCAGACCUCAGAGGGUUUGAGGGCAGCAAUCUCAAAAACACAAUGCUUCAAAUCCCAUGGAGAAGGAUGACACAGACCAAGGAAAGAGCUUGCCUCUCCCAGGCCCCUUGGGUCUGUCCCAGCCUUGAGUCUGCACCCACCUGCCCUGCUCCCUCCCUGCCACUGUCCCCAGUUCUCUGUGCCUGCCUGUGCCACAAGCCCACAGCUCUGAUCUCUGGUUUACAGCAGAACCCAGGGAAGGAACCCCCAGCUCUGAUCUCUGGUUUACAGCAGAACCCAGGGAAGGAGCCCCCCACACCCAGCCCUUGCCCCUCAGGCUGCUGCCUUCCACCUGAGCCAACAGCAGCACCCACUCACCAGAGCCCAUAUGGAGUGCUGGAGGGGGUGAAGCUGGUGGAACCACAGCUGCUGAGAGGUAGGGAAGAACCUGAGCCAGUCCAGCCAGAGGAGCUGCAGGUCUGCCCCCUGAUUUCCAAUGCAAAACUGAAACACCUCACCGAGCACUCGGGGUGUCAGAAGUUCCCAAGUGUUGUAUCAUCCCUCAACGCUGGUGGCAUUGUACCCAGUAAUUUAUUGCAAUGAUGAAUCCAAUCAUUUUCUGUAAAUUAUUUUGUAAAUCACAUUGAUUAUUUAUAAUCCGGAGAUUAAAUG